AUGGCCUCGUGUCCUGGCAUGUGGUUUGGAGAAGGGUUCGCCGUCCCCUCCCCGUCCAACGUCCUAUCGGGCAAGUCUACCACCGACAGAUUAGACUUACGACAUAUGGGGAACGUCCAGUCAGUGACCGCUGGGCUCGUCGCAACUGCUAGGGCCGUCAUGGCUAUGAUACAUCUUAUCACCCAUUCCCCCAUACGCGACAACCCCACACUGCGAAACAUCAACAAUGCGAGGAAUGGAUGGGAUGCACGGAGGCAGGCGGCGGCAGCUCUCCACCAGGCAGAGGAAGCAAGGCGCCGAGCAGAGGAAGCGAUCUUGCAGUUACAACAGGUUCGUAGGCAAGUCCCUGGCGGCGACAGCUACGAUCCCCUUAGCCAGGACGCAACAUCGGCUUCGCAUUCGAGCAGGCAAGGAUGGGAACAGCGAUGCCUGAUCGAUCUUGAUUCGGCAAGCGAUACGACACUCACAGAAGCUGGUGAGGAGGCAAGGUCAUUCGAGGAGAGGUCACUGGGAGAUAUCGAGAAGAGGAGAGGGAAAGAGCAAGAGCUGCUCAAGAUAUGGCGGAACGCGUGUCAAGAGACUGCCGCAGAAAAGGCCAGGAUUGCAAAGGAAGCUCAGGAAGAGAUGGAAGCGAACCUAAGGAAAGGUGUCCAACCCAUCACCAUACCCACCCCUGAGGAAGUCGCAGCUGCCAAGUCGAAAGAGUCUCUGGCAGCGGAAAAUCAUCCCUUGAUCAAUGCCUUCCGUGGCUUGCGUAACAAGGACGUUGGUGCAGCUCCAACGGGCAUCGUUGAAAUGACGUCCACAGUCGACCGCUACCCCGACCCAAACCCUAGGAACCCCUUUGUAUGGUACGAUAUUCCGGGGGCGGGCACACUCCAGCAGUCCGACUGGCUAUACUUCAAUAGCCAAGGGCUCUUUGUCUUUGACUGCAUCAUUGUUCUCUUUGACGUUCGUUUCACUACCACAGACAUCGCCAUCCUCAAAAACUGCCAGCGCUUCCAAAUCCCAACCUACAUCGUCCGCUCGAAAGCGGACGCACAUAUCCGCAAUAUCAUGCGCGAUCUGGGGUACGAGAGUGGCAGCGAUGGGCGGGCGCGGCGUGCGGAGCUGUACAGCGCUGCACGCGAGCAAUACAUUAAAGAAACAAGGGUAACCGUCCAACGAAACCUGCAAGAAGCCGACCUACCAGAUCAAAAGGUUUACAUCGUCUGUAACACCACCGUGUUGUCCACGGUCAAGGACAGAUCUCUCUCCCCGAAAACAAUUGAUGAACUGGACUUGAUGAAGGAUUUACUUGAGGAGGCUCGCUCUCGCCGUUGCGUUCCCCAGCGUAUUUUGCAGUAG